AUGAUAAGAAAAUAAUUUAACCCAAACAGUUGUAAUUAAGGUGGCAAACGAUAAAUUGAAACCUUGCAAGAGAAGCAUAUCAUAGCACUCAUCAACUCUAAACCUCAAGUGCUAAUUAAACCACCUCAUCCCCAUGUCGAUGCAAACAAACCACACUCCAUCAGUUUUUAUUAUAUUAAUAUAUAUAUAGAAGAUAAACAAGAUUUUACAGAAAUCAAUGAAACAUACCGUCGUGUGUAGGCUUUGAAAGCAGGCUAUUCUGAUACCAAAAUGCCCAAGACAUUCAUGAUGAAAGAGUCAUUGAAGAGGAAAAACAAAGUUUCCCAAUUUAUACAAGAAUAAGUAUCAGAAUUACAUAACCAAAGAAUCAUUGCAAUAACAUCAAAGCUUUGGAAAAUAAUAUUCAAGAAAUCUCCACAAGAACUCAAAAAAAUAUAUAGAGAAUCAAAUCUAAUUCAAAAAUGCACAGUGUAGCCUCAUCCAUUAAGGAGAAUUCAAGAAUCAGCAAGAGAGAAUGGGAAGAGAAGUCCUCACAUCCUUUGGAAUAUGAAUGGAAGUAUAUUUCCAAUUUGAGUUAUUUUGAGCGAAAAAAAGACCAGAAUCAGCUUUUAGCAAAUCAAAACAAAGCAGAGGAGACACAGUUUUAUCCAAUGUUUUUUCGUUUGAUCAGAGUCUCCAAAAAUAAUAAUCCAACUCAAAAAGGAAUUAAAAGGAUGUGCCUUUAGACUAUGCUGAUAUCCAAUUCAAUGAAGAUAUCAAAGAUGAAGACUUUUUUAUCUACAAUGAUGCCCAACCACUCCAGAAUGAAAAUGCCCUCCAAUCAUCUUACUCUGCAAUUGUAGAUAAAAAAACGAAAUCCACAACCAAUGUAGUCAUUCCUUUAGUGAGACCAAAUGAAAAGAUGAAUGACGUUAAACGCAAAAUUUAUUAAACCUUGAUGGAAUAUAAAGUAUGUUUUGAUAAUAUUUCUAUUAUUCUAUUAGCUAUUUCAACGGGAUUAAGUUUAUUAAAUAGGAUUGGCAUAUGUCAACAAAAAUUAAUGGCUUGAUGAAAAUGAAAUUCUCUUAGAGUGCAACAGGAUAUCAAAAGAAUUGUAUGGAGUUGAAUGAAUUCAAAUCUUUGACAUUAUUAAUU